AUGGUAGAUAAAAGAAGUAAGAAUAGAGGGCAUUCGUAUAACAAUCGACUCACCACACAAUCCGAUCAACAAGGAGUGGUGGAUAAACAAGUAGAAAUAUCAAACAUGCAGCGGAGGCUGUCAAAGCAUACCUCUAAACCAUAUUGUCCAACAAACAAUACCUCUGAAGUCUCAACAUAA